CAGGGCCCAAGUUUUUGCGCACAUCUUGGUUCAAGAUCCAUUUGAACAUGGCGCAACAGGUAGCAGUGAGAAAUGUAUGUCAGUACCUGUUCAUAAACGUUCAUUUCAGGACUGACUUUGCACGCUCGUUGUCACGGGGAAGAAACUAGUACAUUUACAAUAGGCGAACUAUGGCCGGCGUAGGACUGGGGCUGACUUUGGCACUCCUGUCCCUCACCUUGCGGUGUUGGCCUGUACACAGCCACGGCAGGCUGUACGAACCCCCCGGACGCUCCACCGCUCAUUCGAGGGGCUUUGACACGCCGGCCAACUACAAUGACAUGGGCCUUAACUGCGGUGGAUUUAGUAACCAAUGGGACGUACAUGGUGGGAAAUGCGGCGUAUGCGGCGACCCCUGGCAAGGCCCUCGUGAAAACGAGGCUGGAGGGCUAUACGCCACAGGAACCAUUGUGCGGCAGUUCACAAUGGGAGAGUAUAUGCCAAUCGUGUUAGAAAUAACAGCUCCACAUAGAGGAUGGUUUGAAUUUAGGCUGUGCCCACACAACGACCCCAGCACCCCGAUCACCCAGGAGUGUCUGAACCAAUAUAAACUCCCCAUAUACCUUCACGCCAACGGGACGACGGUCACCCGGUUCUACAGUUUGGAGACCAUACCCGGCAGCGGGUGGACAGUGGGAAAGGUCUACAUGCUGGCCAAACUGCCCGAUUACGUCACCUGUACACAGUGUGUACUGCAGUGGAAGUGGCACACCGGAAACAGUUGGGGAACAGACCCAGACGGGAACUCCUGUGUGGGCUGCGGCCCACAGGAAGAGUUCUACGGCUGCGCAGAUAUCGCUAUCUAUCCACCAGGACAAGGUACAGGAGGAGUCACAUUGCCUGCGACACCAGCGCCAACCGGAACUGGAACAACUACGGGGGGAGAUACUGGAUCCACUUCCGCACCACCGACAGCUCCUGGUAACAUGAAGGUGGGCUGCUGGUUUACCAACUGGGCACAGCACAGGUCGGAUCUAGCUGCCAAAUUCCUUCCGGAGGACAUUGACGUCAACCUGUGCACUCACAUCUACUACGCCUUUGCCAAGGUGGACAGAGGGACAAAUGGGGAAUUCACGGUCAAGCCUUACGAAGACAAUGACUUUGAGCUGUACUCCCGAGUGAUAGGUCUGAAACAUUACAAGCCAACUCUUAAGGUCCUCCUGGCAGUCGGAGGCUGGACGCACGGUACGGCCGCCUUCAACGAGAUGUCGGCCACCGCGGUGACCAGGGGUCAGUUCUUGAGGAACACCAUCGCUUAUUUGAGGCUACACGGGUUUGACGGUCUGGAUUACGACUGGGAAUAUCCUGGAGUGGCCUGGCGAGGCAGUGGACCCGAGACCAAGCAGCAGUUUUCGGACCUGGUCAAGGUUUGACACGUUCAUGUAUAGCCUUUGUAUUGUGGUAAACCCAUUUCCGAUGGUCGU